AUGGCGGCACGUGUGUCAUUAUACCUGGAGAUACUGGGAGUCGCCUGUCUGCUGGCGACCGCUCGCGCCAGGGAGGUCAAUCAGUUUCCAGAGGGCUUUCUGUUGGGUGCUGCCACAUCCUCCUACCAGAUCGAGGGCGCCUGGAACGAGGAUGGCAAAGGAGAGAGCAUUUGGGACCACAUGCUGCAUGAGCAUCCGGAGUACGGCAACAACGGGGACAAUGGAGAUGUGGCCUGUGACUCGUACCACAAAUAUGCCGAGGAUGUGCAGGCGCUCAAGGAACUGGGGGCCAAAGUAUACCGCUUCUCCAUCUCUUGGCCUCGUAUACUGCCCAACGGGGACCUGGACGUGAUCAACCAGGCUGGAAUCGACUACUACAACAACCUCAUUAACCUGUUACUGGAGAACGACAUCCAGCCAGUGGUGACGAUGUACCAUUGGGACCGGCCGCAAGCCUUGCAGUACAUAGGGGGUUGGCCCAACCCCAUCCUAGCGGACUACUUCCUCGAGUACGCCAGGGUACUCUUUGACAACUUCGGCGACAGGAUGAACAAGAUGUGGCUGACAUUCAAUGAGCCUUACGAGUUAUUGAAAGGCUACGCUACCACAGGCGGUCAAGCUCCGUCGCAGAAAGCUCCGGGCAUCGGCGACUACCUGGCAGCGCACACCGUCAUCAGAGCGCACGCCAUGGCCUAUCGCCUCUACGACGAGCAGUAUUGCUCCACGCAGAACGGUAAAGUCGGUAUCACACUAAACUGUUACUGGUUCGAACCAUACGAUGACCUGGAGGAAUCCCUGGAGGCUCAGGAACGUGUGAUUCAGUUCCAGCUGGGCCUGUUCGCGAACCCUAUCUACGUCGACGGCGACUACCCGGCCGUGGUGCGAGAACGUGUGGACAACAGCAGCAGAGCCGAGGGUCGACCCAGGUCACGCCUGCCCAGCUUUACUGAGGAGGAGAAGCAGAUGAUCAAUGGUUCUUCUGAUUUCUUUGGACUGAAUUCAUACACAACAAGUCUCGUGAAGUCUGCAGUCGUGGGUGGCUCACCAUCAUUGGAGAGCGACAGUGGUGUUCAGCGAAUAAUCAACUUCACUUGGCCUGGCAGCAGCUUAAUAUGGCUCAGGGUUGUGCCAUGGGGUUUCCGUAAUAUUGUUAACUGGGUGUCAUCGAGAUAUCCGAACUACCCUAUUUUCAUCACGGACAACGGCUAUCCCGAUUUUGGGGGACUCGAAGAUGAAGAACGUAUCAAUUAUUACGGGCAAUACUUGGCAGAAUUACUGAAAGCUAUCAAUGAAGAUAGGGCCAAUGUAAUUGGAUGUACAACUUGGAGCCUUCUCGACAACUUGGAGUGGAAUUCUGGUUUCAGUUCAUACUAA